CCCUCCCUGUCUGCAAUGACUAUCCUUUACCCCCCACUACGACCCCCACCUCCUAACCCAUGGCUGUACUACCCCCCCCCCUCUGCCUCUGCUACUGCGCGUUUGGCAUAUAAAGAGACACUCCAGUCCGUUUGGUCCAGUCUCCCACACCCAAGCACCAUGAGACAUCAAGUAGCCCUUCUUGUGCUGGCGGUCGUGGCCGUCGUGUCCAACGGUCAGGAAUACAGCACUGAGGAAGUCAUUAGAAACCUGCAAACCACAGCAGACGCAGAGGAGUUGGUCGAAUGUGUUCUCGGCUCACGCCAGCCCGGACUGCCUUGCAGGGAUAUGUUCGUGCAUUUCAAACGUUUCUUGCCCGACAUCUUCGAAAAUAACUGCCGCAGUUGCACGAAUCAGCAGAAGGACGUGAUGCAGGAGGCAGCAGUGUUCCUGCAGAGGAGACACAAAGCGUACUUCAACCAACUCUCGCGGGGCGUCAGGAGGUCCUUCGGUUGAGCCGCCGCGCCCGUCCCUUCAGCAUGGAUCCUGGCUCUGCCUUGGGGCUCUUGUCUCGAAAUAUAUCAUUUGUAAUGCAAAAUCAGUUGUUAUUAAAUUUAUGAUUAUUA